CGGUGAUAGGAAGUCGACAUCUUUUCGCGCCAAAUUUUGACAAUUUGCUUUUUUAUCGGUGCAUGCUCUGCAGUUGGUUAAAGGCAUUCGGCCAGUCCUUUGGUUUUCAUGUCUGGAUAUUGUAGUGAGAAUGGUGAGAUUUUGGUGGAUGUUCAUAUUUUUUGCGAAAACGGCAUCGGCUAGUGACAACCAACUGCCUGAUGUGGAGUCGGAAAAAGAAUCUCGCUUCCUGCCUCUAUUCGAGAAGCGCUACGACCGUCCCCUGCCUGUUGGUGGUCUUCCUCCGUUGACUACAGUACCGAUCGCCGGUGAACGAUGUUCGGCGAGGCUUGAGUCCGCCUUGGACCAGCUCAAGAGACGCAAACGCACACAGCCUAAGAACUUAGACACGCCUUUGAGUCAGAGCAUUGACUUUAACGGCUACAGUCUGUACCAGCAAAUGAGGACGGCUCCUGUAGACAUGAUCGUCACCCGGAUGCGCGUGCGCCUACCACAAAACAGCAACUGGGUGCGAGUGGAAAAAUGUUACUUCGACCCUCGAAACGUCUCCUUGGACACAAUGCUUCUAUUCAAUGAUAUAACUAUCAGUGGAAAUGUUGACUUGUAUGAUGCCAAUGAGCUGGACAGGGGUAUACCUCCAAGUAGAAGGUUGAGACGCAAUUACGCAGAUGGUCGAGCUUACGACUACGACGCGCCGGCGCCUUACGCGAGGUAUAGAGGAAGCACUGGAUGCAACAUGAUCCUGAGACUCAGAAAAGCGGGAAUAGGAUUCCAUACUCAACCCCUGAACCAACAACCGGGCAAGUUCAAUGUUAAAACUGAUUCUGAAUUUGUUGAACCUGGUUUCAUUAGCGUUUACGCUUAUGGUUGCGAGAAAUAUAUAAAUCGGAAUUCGGUUAGGAACAAGGACAACCUUCCCUUGAGGCGAAGACGGCGUUCUGACGAGUUCACAUUCGAUCCUCGACUUGAACAGCCUCAUCCUGAGACGUUAGAAAGUCGGGGCAGCAACGACUGGGACAUCGUAUACGAGCCACGCAGCCGAGCGAACUACGAACGAAGUAAACUCUUCAGGCCUGGUGAUGACUUGGACGAAGUUGAAGACAUCUCUAGGGAAAUGGAAGACAUAUUCACAAAAGGAAUAAGAACUCUACUCACAACUUACAUGAAGAAAGAAUUGCAACCUGCAAUUAAAGAUACACUAAUGAGAAACAUGGGCUAUGUGAUAUCCUAUGGGUAAUUUUUAAUUUAGUCAAAUAUAUUCUCGUUUAUAUAAAGGCGUACUUAAACUUACUUAUCUAAGUGAUGUAUAUUAUUGAUAAUUAAGUUUGAUAUUUUGUCU